AUUAUUUCUAUUUCCAUAAUCAUCUUUUUCUUCGUCAAGAUCUGAAUAUUUUCACACUUUUUAAUUCUUAAUUCAUGGUAAUUAAUUUAAACGAUGAUUCUUUGCCCCAUGCAUUCUUAAUUAUACUUUUCUUCUUUUAAUUGUUUUAUAGGUUUAGAUCUGUUUCUUCCUUCGCGGGUUUUUCUUCGUUCACGCUAACUUGAUUCUGUGAAUGGUUUUGUGUUUUUAAAUUAUGUGAAUGGGUUUUUAAUUGUUCAGAGUUUUCAUACAUACAAGUUUUCACGUGAGUUUAUCAACGUUAAUUACGUCACCGAACGGAUCGGUUAUAAUUGGUUGGUGAAGUUUGGUUUUUGUUGAGAAAUUUGAACUCAAAUUUUUGUCGGUAGUUGCCGUGUUUUUUAUCUGAAGUGAAACUAAGGCUUGGAUCUACUUAACUUGGAUAGUGGAAGUAUUUUGAAGAUCGAAAUAAAUGUUUACAAAAACUUUAUUAUUCAGUGCAGGAUUUUUUUGAUAACUUCAAUAUUUUAUCGAAGAUUUGCUAUUUGAAUCAUAUAAACUGAAACAACUGAAAUUUGAAACAAAGGUCUUGACUUGUGAGCUUAUAGCAUACUUUGGAAUCAUGCCAGUUUCAGGACAUGAAGAGAGUGGGGUAAAGUCCUUUGCCGGGCAAUUUAGUGAUUUAGUUGCAGGUGUGCCAAUCAAGAAAAGGAGGUACCCACCUUAUAUUAAGACCUCUUCGCCUCCUUCUGAAGAGCCAUGUUCAAACAACGAAGAAACUGAGUCACAACGAAAAGAAAAUUCAAGCACUUCUCAAGGAUCAACUCUAUCAAAUGCCAGUAUUGCAGGUGCACCUAUCAAGAAAAGAAGGUUCCCUCCUUCACUUCAAGCUUCUUCACCUUCUUUGGAAGAGGGUUCGGUUCAACAAAAAAGUUAUGCCUUGCGAAAAGAUCAUUCAAGCACAUCACUGGGUUCAACCCUUUCUACAAGUUCUGCUGGGUUAUCCAAUACUAUUGGAAAUCCUCUUUUUGAAGAAAAGAAAUCAAGGUCUGAUGUUACCAAAGCUGACAAGGUUCAAAACAAUUCUUCUUUGCUUACUCCCAAACGGGAAGAAUCAAACCCUACUUUGAAUGUUGUGAAUAGCAAAGAGAAGGUGACACUCAAUGAAGUUAAUGAGAAGAAUGUGGGAUCCCAAACAAGUAAGGCGAAUACUGAACUCGUGUUGGCUGCAAAAGAAGGUCUUGCACUUAGCAUUGGAGCAGAUGUGAGCAAACAAAUCGUCCAAGGCACAGUUAAACAAGAAAGUCCCGUAGUUGCUGGAAGUACUAGAUUAUCUUUAAGCAUAAAGGAGCACGUAUUUCAAUCUGUUACAAGUCGGGAGAAUAAUGAAAUACGUCCCAAUAUGGAGAAAGGAGAACCUCUCUCAUUGGAAUUAUCUCUAAGCAAGGAUGAAUGCAGUACCCACAGUUCAAAUACUGAUGCUAAAAGUGAUAGUGACACUACUCGUGUUCAUUCUAGCAGGGCAAAUUGGGAUCUGAAUACUACUAUGGAUGCAUGGGAUGAAGGGAGUGAUGCCAGUUCUGUUAAAACUUCUAUUGACGGACUGAAUAUUACUCACAGUUCGCUUGAUGAGAAACUGUUGAUGUGCUCAACUGGGAUUACACCACCAACAAGUGUUGUAUCCGUAAAGCAAACACGUAAUGAGACUCAGAACAAAGCUUUCAUUACUUCACCUGGUCUGGCUGGACAGCAAUAUAAACGUGCGGAUCCACCUAGUAUUAGUUUUUCAUCUUAUGUUUGUAAUUAUGUUGAGGAGCCCUCUAGAAGAAUAUCUGUUAAACUAAAUUCAGGCGUUGCUACUCCCGUUGCUAGUUUACCAAGUGUGGCUGCUACUGCUGGUGCUGCAAAUACUUCUAGUUUUAGGUCGGUAAAGCCAGAACCAUAUGAUGAGAACUUGAAAAAGAAUUUGAAAGAAACAAGAAAUUCAUGUCCUGUUGGUUCAUUAGAUAGUGCGGCUGUAAAACAAGAAAUUAUUCAGCAUUCAAUUACCAUGCAAUGUAAGCCAUCUGUUAGCAAUUCAAAGUUGGUUGAUUCUACAUUCGUUAAAUCUGAACCAAGUCAUGAGGGUAGUCAGGAACAAUCCAAAACAGCAGAGAGUACUAAUACAAAGCAGUUGGAUAAAGUGUUGCCUCAAAUGUCAUUUAGUUCUUCCAUGGCAGUGCCAGUCAUGAAUUCGACACAAGUUUUUGCAGAGGCAACUCAUCCUGCUGUGAAACCUGUGUGUACAACAGUAUUAACCACCAAUAAAAAUAUUGUAGGUCAACUGAAAACUUGUAGUCGUGCAGAAGGAGUGAAUGUUGAGAAAGUAUGCGAAGUUCCCUCAAAUUCUGAGAACGUUCCUCUGGUUACAGUUGCCAUUCCUAUGGUCGAUACUGCCACAGAAUUGAAUAAUCUUGGCUUGAAAUAUUCUUCUAUUGUAGCCAAGAAAGAAGUUGCUGAUGAUCAUGAUGCUUGCAGAUUGAAACUAAUGAAUGAGCCUCUUGAUUCACGAGAGAGUGAAGGCUGUGUUAGUGAUGAAGAAAAGAUAACUGAUAUUUUGGAGGAUGAUUCUUAUGGUUCCGAUUUGGAGUCAGAUGAAAACCCUGCUGUAACUGUUGCUGUCGAUACUGAGAGAUACAUCGAAGAUGAUGAUUAUGAGGAUGGCGAGGUUAGAGAACCACUUGAGACUUCCAAACUGGAGGAAACAAUAUGUGAGGUAAGAGAAAUAGAACGUUCUGACUUGGGUAAUUAUGAUAAUAAACUGGUGGAGAAAGGAGUGGUGAGUAGUGAUUAUCCGACUUCAUCUCAUGUGGUGGAAAAUGACAAUAAGAUUGUAAACCACAAUGAAAUUAUUAGUAAAGAUGGUGUGGACAUUCAAAUGCAUGAUAAGCCUGGUAAAGUCAUCGAUAAAAAGGUGUGUGUGCAUGAGUCAUUGGAUGGUGAAAAAUCAGAUAUUGCUGCUGAUAAGGGACCGGUUAAUGUUUUGCAACGGAAAUCAUUAGAUCUUUCGGAAAGAAUAAUUGUCUCUGAAAUUCAGGAAACAGAACAACAUUCUGAUCAUGCCACUGAUGGAAGCCAUGUGAUAGAUGUUCAAUGUGCUGAUGAGGUUGUGAAAACAACUGACACUGUUAGACAAGCAGACUUAUAUUUGCCGAAGAUGGAAGGAUCUUCAAAUACUGAAGAUAUAACCAGAGAUGUUAGUAGCUGUGGUAAUCAAGGAAGAAUCAUAGAUUUGUCACGAGCUGCUAGUUCGUCAUCCCCUAGUAAAACUAGGCCUAUCCCAGUCAGAUCGCUGCCUACUCGAGCUGGAAGAGAUGUAUUGUCUGACACAGUUGAUGGUGACAAGUUAUACCGAGGAAGGGAUGACGUUUACAUUGAUGCUCCCCACCGAUUUUCAAGAGAAAGACAUCAAGACAUGUCCACUAGAAACUCUAGAUUGAAUUUUGGGCGUGGUAGAGGAAGAGUUAAUAGUCGAAUUCGUGGUGACUGGGAAUCUGACCGUGAAUAUUCUGGUGAGUUUUACAAUGGUCCAAGUCAACAGUUCCGCGGCGCCAGGUCAAAAUAUUCAUCUGGUAUUGCUGAUACUGAUAUGGAGUACAAUAAUGUUGGACCUGAUGACUCGUAUGUUGUCAAUGGUCGGUUAGGUAGAAAGCCCUUGAAUGAUGGCUCAUACGUUGCACCGAGAAGAAGGUCACCACCAGCAGGAGGAAGAGAUGGCAUCCAAAUGGGUCAUAGAAAUCCUAGAGCUGUUAGUCCAAAUAGUCGAUGUAUUGGUGGGGAUGGUUCCGAUUUAGGUGGCAUGAGACAUAGUGAGAAGUUUAUGAGAGGAUUUGCUGAUGAUACUCUAGAUUCGCUGUAUAAACGUCCCCAACAAUUUGAGGGGCUGGAUGGUAGGUUUUCAAGAGGAAGGGGCAGGAAUUUUUCUUCCAUGCAGAGAAGGGGUGGUCUUUCUCGAAUGCGUUCAAAGUCGCCUAUCAGAUCGAGGAGUCGCUCUCCUGGUCAGUGGACAUCUCCAAGAAGGAGGUCCCCCAGAAGAAGAUCCCCGGAGGGUUUUGGUGGCCAUCCUGAAAUGACUCAUAGAAGAUCACCAUUAUACAGGGUUGAUAGAAUGAGAUCACCUGAUCGACCUGUUUUCACUGGAGAGAGAGUGGUGAGGAGACAUGGCUCACCUCAAUUUAUAUCACGACCUUCUAAUGAUAUGAGGGACAUUGACUCUGCAAGGGACCAUGGUCAUCCAAGGUCUGUCAAUUCCAAUAGGAGUCCAUCUGGUCGAAUUUUAAUCAGAAACAACAGAAGAUUUGAUGUUGCAGAUCCCAGAGACCGAGCAGAUAAUGAUGAUGAAUAUUUUGGUGGUGGUGGGCCUAUGCAUUCUGGUAGGAUGCUAGAGCUUAAUAACGGUGAAGGAAAUGGCGAGGAGAGGAGAAGGUUUGGUGAGAGAAGAGGUCCUAUUCGGUCAUUCAGACCUCCUUAUAACAAUGGUAAUAAUAAUAAUAAUAAUGUUGGUGAGAACUUUCAUCUUAAUGCAGAAGAUGGACCUACUAGACAUUAUAGAUUCUGUCCAGAUGAUUCAGAUUUUCAUGAUAGAGGCAACAACUUGAGGGAAAGGGACUUUGAUAGACGGAUCAAGGGUAGGAAUGGAAAUGGGCCACCUAGAAGAACAAGAAACAUGGAUGAGCCGGAAGAUAAUUUCAGGCAUGGUGGACAAGUUUGGAGUGAUGACAGUUUUGAUGAUAUAUCCAGAGUGAAGAGGAAAAGAUUUUGAAUGAUUUCCCCUUUUUUUAUAUCAGAAAAGUCUCCUUCUAUGAAUGCUGGAGAACAAUGAAAUUUGUAUUGCUUGGUUUUCUUUCACCUACAGAAGUAGACUAGUUUUUAGUUAGUUAGUAAUAAAUUAUUAUCCCUUGCUACAUAGCUUUAGCUUAAGGCAUUCUAAGUGUUGGAAAAAUGAAGUUUUGGUUGUAAAAGCAGUUCUGGGCAGAUUGUCAAGGAAGGAAUUUUAAAAAAACAAAUGUUGCUCUGAACAAGUACAAUUUAGUUGUGACUUUGGUUGGUAUGGGACCAAACUCUCAGAUCUGAUUGAAGAGAGCUCUCUAUCUGCCUGUUUUUAAUAAUAUAUUGAUUGGAGUGCUGUGA